CAACGGUCUCGAGACGCGUUUUGAAAACUUCAACAGUCUUAACUUGACGCCGUUUCACGCAAACGCAACGCGCAUGACGCGAGACGCUGAAAAUACAAGCAAACGCGACGCUACGAUCGAAGGCUUGGUCUGACUCCCGUCGUCUCACAGUUAAAAACAGAGGGCACACAAUAACUGAAACGUCCGCAUCGGUAGCCGCAUUCACGUUUAGUCCUCUCAUCCAGCUUCGCGCCGAAUUCCAUCUCUCAGCGCGCGCGUUCGCGCCUGCUUUCUCCCUUGCUCUCGAGCGAGCGCGCGCGCGCGCGGGGGUGUCCCUCCUCCGCAGUUUGGAGUUUGUGAUGUGUCUCAGACUCCGCGAGCGCCGCGCAAGAGCGAGACCUGCGGAGAGAGCGCGCCGGAUCCUGAAGCGACCGUUACCCUCCAACAGGCGACCGUUUCCCUGCCCUUCUCCUUUCUAAUCCCCCCGUAUUCCCACACACGUAUUCCUCAAGCGAGCGCUUUCCUUUAGCGCAGCCGCACUUUUUUUCCUCGUCACAGGUGCAUUUUGUUUUCCUUUGACGUACUUUUUCGCACUCAUUGGGAAUUAACGGACAUCUGAGUAUCGUGUGGAUGAGCGGCUUUAUAGAGAACCGAAGAUGGAUUUGCUGAUAAUAUGCCUUUCUUUUGGGAUAUUGCAGUGCAGUUCGGCAGGAGCGGACUCCAUCAUUCACAUCGGUGCCAUUUUUGAGGAGAACGCUGUGCGGGAUGAUGAGGUGUUUCAGUUGGCGAUCUCUGACCUCAGCCUCAACGAUGACAUUUUGCAGAGUGAGAAAAUCACCCACUCUAUAAAAUAUAUUGAACCCAACAACCCCUUUCAGGCAGUACAGGAAGCAUGUGAACUGAUGACACAGGGCAUCUUGGCUCUGGUCACAUCUACAGGAUGUGCCUCAGCCAGCGCUCUACAGUCCCUGACAGAUGCCAUGCACAUACCACACCUUUACGUCCAGAGGAACGCUGAAGGAUCGCCUCGUACUGCCUGCCAGUUAAAUCCAAGCCCCGAUGGGGAGCGCUACACCCUUUCAGCCCGGCCUCCCGUUCGUCUAAGUGAUGUCAUGUUCACGUUGGUUGGUGAACUGCGCUGGCAGAAGUUCAUCGUCUUCUAUGAUAGUGAUUAUGAUAUCCGUGGUCUUCAAGGCUUUCUGGACCAGACAUCCCGGCAAGGUCUCGAUGUGUCACUUCAGCGCGUGGACCGGAACAUCAGCGGAGUGUUUUCCAGUUUGUUCACCUCUAUGCGCACAGAGGAGCUCAACCGUUACAGAGACACGCUCAGAAGAGCUAUCCUGCUGCUCAGCCCGCGUGGAGCCCAGGUCUUCAUCCACCAGGCAGUGGAGACUAACCUGGCCUCCAAAGACAGUCACUGGGUGUUUGUAAAUGAGGAGAUCAGUGAUAGUGAGAUUAUGGAGCUGGCCCACAAUUCCUUGGGCAGGAUGACCGUUGUCAGGCAGAUCUUCCCAUUGUGGAGAGACAGCGGUGUGAGCUGUAUGAGAAACAAUCACCGCAUCUCAUCCUUGCUCUGUGACCCUCAGGAAGGCUACCUGCAGUCGCUGGAGGUCUCCAAUCUGUACCUUUAUGACAGUGUACUGAUGCUGGCCAAUGCUUUCUACAGAAAACUAGAGGACAGAAAAUGGCACAGCAUGGCCAGCCUCAACUGCAUCAGGAAGUCAACCAAACCCUGGAACGGAGGAUGGUCCAUGCUGGAGACAAUCCAAAAGGGCCAAAUCACCGGGCUAACCGGAAUUAUGGACUUCAUGGAUAAUGGAUCGAAUUCCCACGUUCAGUUUGAGAUUCUGGGAACCAGCUUCAGCGAGACGUUUGGCAAAGACAUAAAGCGGUUGGCUACGUGGGAUUCUGUCCAUGGGCUAAAUGGAAGUCUGAAGGAGAGUCGUAUUGAGAAUGGCAUGCAGGGGGUUACAGUAAAAGUAGUGACGUUGUUGGAGGAUCCAUUUGUGAUGGUGGCAGAAAACAUACUCGGACAGCCCAAAAGAUAUAAGGGUUUCUCAAUUGAUGUACUGGAUGCCUUGGCCAAAAUCUUGGGAUUCAAGUAUGAAAUCUACCAGGUGGCAGACAGCAAAUAUGGUUCUCAGCUGCCCAAUGGCUCUUGGAAUGGAAUGAUUGGAGAGCUCAUCAACAAGAGAGCAGAUCUGGCAGUUUCCGCCAUCACCAUAACACCGGAGCGAGAGAAUGUUGUUGACUUCAGCAAGCGCUACAUGGACUACUCUGUGGGGAUCCUACACCGCAAACCAGAGGAAAAGAUCAACAUCUUUUCCCUGUUCGCACCUUUCGACCUGGCUGUGUGGGCCUGCAUCGCAGCCGCCAUUCCCGUGGUGGGCGUUCUGAUCUUUCUGCUGACACGGAUGCAGAUGCUUCGUUCCCAGAAUCCUCCAGGAGCUCAUCAGACUUCAUCCGUGUCGAACACAUUGCACAGCGCUAUAUGGAUUGUCUAUGGAGCGUUUGUACAACAAGGUGGAGAUUCAGUGGUCGGAUCUGUGGCGUUGAGGAUAGUCAUGGGCAGCUGGUGGUUGUUUACGUUGAUUGUGUGCUCUUCUUACACUGCAAACCUGGCCGCCUUCCUAACUGUGUCCCGCAUGGACACCACUAUACGAACGUUUCAGGACCUCGCGAGGCAGAUGGACUUUACCUACGGCACUGUGAGGGACUCAGCGGUGUACGAUUACUUUAGAGCCAAGGGUACAAACCCGCUGGAGCAGGACAGCACCUACGCAGAGCUGUGGAGGACCAUCAGCAAGAACAACGGAAAGGACUUCUCAGUGUCUAGUCCAUCAGAAGGCAUACGCAAGGCCAAAAAAGAACCGUAUGCGUUCCUGUGGGAUAUGGCCGUGGUGGAGUACGCGGCGCUCACAGACGACGAUUGCACCAUCACUGUAUCUGGCAACAGCAUGAGCAGUAAAGGCUACGGGAUCGCCAUGCAACAUGGGAGCCCAUAUCGAGAUCUCAUCUCCCAAAAGAUUCUGGAGCUGCAGGAGAAAGGAGAUCUGGAUGUCCUGAAGCAGAAGUGGUGGCCUCGGACCGGUCGCUGCGACCUCAACAGCUACAGCAACGCCCAGCCGGAUAGCCGCUCGCUCAAACUGCACAGCUUCGCAGGCGUCUUCUGCAUCCUGGCCGCGGGUCUCCUGCUGGCCUGUCUGGUGGCCGCUCUGGAAAUGUGGUGGAACAGCAACCGCUGCCGGCAAGAACAAGCCAAAGAGGACAAGGAGGUAAACCUGGAACAGGUGCAUCGGCGUAUGAACAGUCUUAUGGACGAGGACAUGGCACACAAGCAGAUCCCCGCACCAUCUAUCGAGAUCUCUGCCCUGGACAUCGGCAGCAUGCCGCCCAGCCAGCAGCGGGAAGCUGUGCGAGACUACCCGGGCAAGGGACUGUCUGUGAGCACCUUCAUUCCGGAGCAAGCACAUGGGGUGGGCCGGACACUGGCCCAGGGUCCUGGCAGGACCCUGCCUCUUCCUCUCAGCAGCUCCACCUUGCCCUCCAUCCAAUGCAAACACAGGGCUCCCAACGGGGGCCUAUUCCGACAGAGUCCCAAGACGCCCAUGCCAAUGUCCUACCAGUCGGUACCAAGAGGACCCAUCCCAGAAGCUAUUGAUCCCACUCAUAGUACAUCCAUCUAAGGCACUCGUCAUUAUGGGCAGCCUCACACUUGCUUUUCAGAGGAUGACCAGGAGGUGGGGAUGGAGCUUGGGAAACUGUAAAAGUUUGAAAUGUGUAAAAAGCAUAAAAAAAGAACGUACGUAGAGAUUUUUAUUACGAAAAACAAACACGAAAAAUCAUUUUUUCCUGUACAUAUUUGUAAAUACUGAAAGAGCAAAGUAAGUAAAAAGUGUAUUUUGAAUAUUCACAAUUUUUGAAGUCAAGUUACAAAAUCUAAUGAAAAACAAAAAAGGACAUAUAAAAAGAAUUCAAAAACGACUGUUUGAAUGGCUUUGUGAAUUUUGUUCUCUAUGGGUAAAGACUUAAAUUCAUUGUGAUUGUUUUCUAAGUGCCGAAAUAAAAGAUGUCUCUCCACAAUUUGUUACUAGAUAGUCAUACAUUGCUGUUGAAACCUGGAAGCUGAUAAUCAUGUGCCCCUUUUACAGUCAUAAACAUCCACAGUUGACCAUUUUGCCUCAUUUUCCUUUCUUUGGUUUACUGAUAAAGAUUAUGUGUUUGCAUUAAGUUGAUGCUGAGCAAAAAUAAUUAAAAAUAAAAGUUGUAGCUUAUAUAACUAAAACAUCUCAGUCGAAACAACAGCACUGAACCAAGUUUUUGAGUUUCAUAUUUUUUUUGUCUGGUGACAUCAUCAAUGUGUGAGCACAACCAGCCCAGAGAGAACAACUGUAUGCUUGAAACAUACAAGAACUAUGUCACUUUCAAUUCUUGCAAAUCAAGGAGAUUUGUUCUGUCAAAUGGGUAUUGUUUGUGAAAGAGCUGUAAUAACGUUGUUUCUCUGAUAUUCAUUCAACAAUUCAGUUUUACUGUUUUACUGUAAUACACUCACUUCACACAGAUAAUAAAAAACUUGUAGUUAAUGAUUUUCAUAAUUACAUAUCUUUAUGUGAUAUCUUUAUUUCUAAUUAAAACAUAAGUUGCCAUGGUUUUACUCCAAAUGCUUAUAUGGUUCAAUCAAUACAAAUCAUUGUUACUGUAGUAAAACCAUGGUUUUGCUAAAGGUAAUAAAUACACAAAAAAACAUGGUAACAACAAAAGAUAAAAACAUGGUUGAUAUUUGUAAGGGUGUUAUUGGUGUAUCCAAAUUCUUAACAGGCAAUUCUAAAUAAUCCAAACACAUCUAUAAGACUAUUUUUUACUGUACAAUUGAACUUUUUUACAGUCUUUCUAAAAUUUUGCAGGAGGUUCAGACUGAUUAUGAAUCUCAGAUGUGUUUUGUUGUGAAUUUAACCCGAAUGACCUUAUACAGUAUAUUCACUCCAUUUACAGCUACCUGUGUUUUCCUGUUUGACUGCUUAACGUUCCCUGAAUCACGACGGAAAAGACAUUUUUGGAGCACAUCGACCAGUUUCCGAAGCGAUUUCACCUUGCACAUGCUUGUCAGUCACUAUUCAAGGUUGUAUCCUGUAUAUUUUGUACAAGUCAGAGUAGUUACUAAUGUGAACCAAAGUGAUAUAUUACACUGUGUAACAACCUGUGGCUUUGAGGUGCCGACAGCGGGUGGUAAGGAUGUCCUGUGUAAUUUGUAGGGUUGUGUCUUCACUGCCUUACGCAUAUGCCCAUUUGUUUUUAAUGAAAAUGCCCAAUAUCCAAGAAAAUAUAUCGUAUCAUAGCAUAGUCUGUAACAUUACAUCUGAGGGAGACUCUUAUUUUAUUUAUGAAUAUGCUGCUUGGAGUUUCUUAAUCUUUAAUAAAGAAACAUGGUUUA